AUGACAAAUUUAAACAAUUGUGAUUUUGGAUAUCAAAACAAUGGCUACAUUCCCGACGGCAAUGAGAUUACUGUUUUUAGUGACAGUAGUGAUGAUCUUAAAGAAAAAUCUAAUACUCAAGAAUUACAAUCAAAAGAUAUUAACAAAAAUUUUGAACGCAAGAAAAGUGUGGUAAAAGGUUUGAAUCAAUUACGCGAAGAAAUUAUUAUUAGUGACACUCGUUGUCUGAACCGUUUGAUUGCUUUAACAUUGAAAAACUUUAAGCAAAUGUCCAGAAAUCCUAUUUUAUUAUUGUUUUAUAUAUUAAUGCCGGCGAUUGAGAUCAGUUUACUUAUUGAGUGUGUGGGCAAAGACAUCAAACAGAUACCGGUGUCUAUUUAUAACCCGGACACGAGCGGCAACUUUAGUAAAAUGUUUAUCAACUCUAUUGAUGAAAAUCAGAUCCAUUUAGUUCAUUACAAAUCAUUGGACGACGCUAUGAAUGCCGUCCGAGUCAAUGAUGUUUGGGCUGUCCUUUAUUUUGAUCCACAAUUUAGUCAACAUCUCAUUAGUCGCUUCUAUACAUCAGAUAUGAAUGAAGAAUCAGUCAAUAGUAGUACAAUACAGUUAAGGAUCGAUAUGUCUAAUCAAGUGAUCGGUUCACAGCUUAGCAGAUAUAUUGCCGAAGCCUAUGAACGCUUUGUCAACAAUAUAGCCAUCGGUUUAAAAACAAACUUAACUACAAUUAAACCGAUUGUCAAUAACGGUUUGCCAAUAUAUGGACAAAAAAACGGACUCUUUAGUUCAUUUGUAGCUCCCGGUGCUCUUAUUGUGGUCGCAUUUUUUGCCACAACUACAAUAACGUGUCAUUUGUUGAUCAAAGAGAUAAACGAUGGUUUGGUUGACCGCAAUUUGGUUGCCGGUGUGCGUCCGCUUGAGUUUGUUAUGUCACACAUUAUAUUACAGCUUUUUAUGCUUACCCUUCAGAUCGGUCUCAAAGUAACGCUUGCUUUUGUAGCUUUUGGUAUACCACAUACCGGCUCUAUAGUCAUGGCUACUGGACUAACUUUCCUUCAGGGCACGUGUGGCCUAAUGUUUGGCUUAAUGAUUUCAGCCAUAUGUCCCGAUGAAAUGUACGCAACCACUCUAUGUAUCGGCGCUUUCUUUCCAACAGUUAUUAUCGGCGGUAUCUUUUGGCCGAUUGAAAGUAUGGUACCGGCACUCAAAUACAUCAGCAAAGUAUUGCCCUGUACUCUGGCUAUACAAUCUCUGCGGUCAAUACUAUUGCGUGGAUGGGGUCUUAAUGAGCUACAGGUAUACACUGGCUUUAUAGUCACCUUAUUAUGGCUUUUAUUUUUUACGAUCACAGCAUUGACUUUCUUUAUAAGAAAAUUAUAA